AUGGAUAUUCCUUGUAAUGGGAACAAAUUAUCGUGGUGUAAUGGAAGAAGAGGAGGUAGCAGAAUUUGGGCAAGAUUGGAUCGUGUGAUGGUUAACUUGAUGUUUUCGAAUUUAUUUGGAGAUGUACAGCUAUCCUAUUUGCCAAGGACGUCAUCCGAUCAUGCACCAAUGCUGAUAAUCGCGAUCGGGAGAAAAUUAAAAGUAUUGAAAGGUGCUUUGCGGAAAUGGAAUAAGGAAACGUUUGGUCGAGUAGAGGAUGAAAUAAAAAAGCUGGAAGGCCGCAUGAUAGAACUGGAACUUAAUAUUACGAACUCGUAUUCGGAGCAACGAGAAAAUGAACUGAUAAAUUGUAAGCAGGACCACCUGAAAUGGGUGCAUAGAGAGGAGAUGUUGGCUUGUCAAAAAUCCAGAAUUAAAUGGCUGACUGAGGGGGAUGCUAAUACUAAAUUCUUUCAAGCUUCUAUGCGGUUAAAGAGGAAAAGUAAGAAGAUUGAAAAUAUGAGAUUGACAGAUGGCACUUUACUCACAUCUUCGGAUGCAGUACAUGAGGAGGUCGUCCGGUUUUUUCAGGAGCUUCUUAUGACGUAA